AUGUAUUCUGCUUCGGAGACCAUUGCUGCUUUAAACAAAGAAGACAUCGUUAAGGAUGUCUUUUACACCGAUGGUGACGCUUUCCAACCAAAGGGUAACUUGCUAGUCGAAUAUCCAACCGCAGACACUGUGGUCAAGAUGGGUAACGUCUUACCAACUGAGACCACCCAAGUCAUGCCAAAAGUCGAAUUCAAACCAUACGACGACUUCCAAUUGGACUUAAAUGCCACUUACUCCUUGAUCAUGACCGAUCCUGAUGCUCCAUCAAGAACCGACCACAAAUGGUCUGAAGUCUGUCACUACGUGGAAACCGGUAUUACUUUUGAAUCCGCCCAAGGUGGCGUUAUCUCCAAUAAAGGUUUAGUGCGGGAAUCUUAUCUUGGUCCAGGUCCACCAAAGGGCACUGGUUUACAUCGUUACAUUUUCUUAUUAUACAAGGAAAAUAACGCCAAGGAUCACACCUUCACUGAAGUGAAAGAUAGACUCAAUUGGGGUUACGGUGAACCUGCAGUUGGUGUUGAUAAAUUUGCCGCAGCUAACAAUUUAGAAUUGCUAGCUGCCAAUUUCUUCUUAGCUGAAAACAAAUAA